CUCUUGUCGUGAGAGCUAGUUCUAUUACCUGUUCAAUUACCUGCUUUCUUGUAUUACUCGAAGCUCUCGUUCUUCUAUCAUGCGUGAAUGCAUUUCGAUUCAUUUGGGCCAGGCCGGUAUUCAGACUGGAAAUCAGUGCUGGGAGCUUUACUGCUUGGAGCAUGGUAUCGAACCCGAUGGUACGAUGCCUGGCGACAAGUCUUUAGGAAAAGCUGACGACUCCUUCAACACUUUCUUCAGCGAGACAUCCUCUGGUAGUCAUGUCCCCCGCGCUGUUUACGUCGAUCUCGAGCCAUCUGUCUGUGACGAAGUGCGCAAUGGUACCUACAAGCAGCUUUACCACCCCGAACAGAUUAUUAACGGAAAAGAGGAUGCCGCCAACAACUACGCUCGUGGACACUACACCACUGGCAAGGAAAUUGUCGACUUGGUAUUGGAUCGUAUCCGCAAGUUGGCGGACAACUGCACCGGCCUUCAAGGAUUCCUCGUCUUUCACGCGACUGGUGGAGGUACCGGAUCCGGUCUAGGAAGUCUUCUAUUGGAGCGCUUGAGUGUGGACUACGGACGCAAGUCUAAGCUCUCGUUCGCCGUCUCUCCAUCACCCCAAGUCUCGACGGCGGUGGUGGAACCUUACAACUCAGUCCUCUCCACCCAUGCCCUCCUUGAGCACACGGACUGCACUUUCUGUCUCGACAACGAAGCUCUCUACGAGGUCUGCCGUCGCAAUCUCGGAAUCGAGCGCCCUACCUACACCAACUUGAACCGUCUCAUUGCUCAGGUCAUCUCGUCGCUCACCGCCUCGCUUCGUUUUGAUGGAGCACUUAACGUCGAUGUUACGGAAUUCCAGACAAACUUGGUACCUUACCCCCGUAUCCAUUUCAUGUUGACUUCUUACGCGCCUGUCAUCUCAACCGAAAAAGCUUUCCAUGAGAACCUUACGGUCGCCGAAAUCACCAACAGCGUUUUCGAGCCGAGCAACAUGAUGACCAAGUGUGAUCCUCGUCACGGAAAAUAUAUGGCCUGUUGCCUGAUGUACCGUGGCGACGUCGUGCCUAAGGACGUUAACGCUGCCGUCGCUACCAUUAAGACAAAGCGCACGAUUCAAUUCGUUGAUUGGUGCCCCACUGGUUUCAAGUGUGGCAUCAAUUAUCAGGCGCCCAUGCAGGUUCCGGGCGGAGAUCUUGCCCAGGUUAAGCGUGCCGUGUGCAUGGUUGCAAACACCACGGCCAUCGCCGAAGCUCUUUCUCGUAUCGACCACAAGUUUGAUCUCAUGUAUGCCAAACGUGCGUUCGUUCAUUGGUACGUCGGCGAAGGAAUGGAAGAAGGAGAAUUUUCCGAGGCCCGUGAAGAUUUGGCGGCGCUUGAGAAAGACUACGAAGAGGUUGGUGCGGAGACUGGCGAUGGCGCGGACGCUGGAUUGGAUGAAGAGUAUUAGUUUUCGGAUGGGCAAGCAGACUCUUUGAUAGUUGUAUAAGCCAUUCGUGGUCUUGUCUUUAGCUUCCAAAAUAUGUUCCUA